AAUUUGAUGGGCGUGGUUAUUAAACAAUUUUGUAGCAGAUUACGUUUUAAGAGAUAGUGAUAGUUGUUAACUACUUUACUUCCCUGUUGCUAGUUACUAAACGAAUUUUCAAUUUUGAGUUCUUCGCUCUUGGGAUUCGGCAGAUUCGGAACUCAUUUGAGUUGUUCUUUUCAAAAUGCUGUGCUGUCUAUCAACGUCCUUUGUUGGCUAUGGUUUGUUUGCCAGCGUGAUUUUGCUGGUCAUUUCUCAUUUCACUCAACGCAAAAAGCGCUCCGUCGAAGGCAAACAUGUUCUGGUUACGGGCGGAUCGCUUGGAAUCGGCAGGAGUUUUGCCAUCGAGGCAGCAAAGAGAGGUGCUCACGUGACUUUGGUGGCUCGAAACGUGCAGAAUUUGGAAAAAGCAGCUGAAGAUGUGAAGAAGGCAGCCAAAAAUCCAGAUCAGAAAAUCCAGUGCAUCUCCAUGGACUUAAGCGGCAAAUGUGAGGAGUUGAAGGCAAAAAUGAAAGAUGCUGAAGAUGUCAAUGGGCCAAUUUACAUGCUCGUAAAUUGCGCUGGAUCUCCAAUUUGUGGGAAAUUGGAGGAUUUGAAAGACGAUGAUAUCAAAUAUGUUACAAAUCUGAACAUUUUGGGAACAAUUCUGCCGACCAAAGCGGUGAUUACGGGAAUGAAGGAGAGAGGCGAUGGAAUCGUGAUCGCCGUUGCGUCCCAAGCAGCUUCAGUCGGAGUUUAUGGGUACUGCGCCUACAGUGCCACCAAGUACGCCAUCAGAGGAUUUGCCGAGUCCCUUCGAAUGGAAACAAAGCCCUAUGGAGUUUCCGUAACUCUGGCCAUUCCUCCCGACACUGACACGCCUGGAUUGGCAGAGGAAUUGAAGCAAAAGCCCGAGGAGUGUAAACUAGUUUGCGAAGAGGCUGGGUUUAGCACCCCUGACGUUGUUGCCACAAAGAUGAUGAAUGAUGCUCUGAAGGGAAAAUUCUUGAGCACUGUUGGAUGGGAAGGUGCCUUGGCUUCAAUUGCCUGUGCUGGUUUUAUUCCGCCUUCCUCUGGCCUUGAAUUGCUGUGGCAGUUUGGCUCUAUUGGCUUCCUGCGUCUUUUUGCUGCUUAUCUUGUGAACAAGAUGGAUAACAUUGUUGCUGAUUGCAAAGCAAGAAGAGAGAAGCAAAAAUAAUUUUUUUUCCGUUCUGAUUUUGUCAAUGUUGGGCUAAAAGUUACCGAAUGCACUUAUGUCGUGUUUGGCUGGUUAUCUUAAAGCAUUUUAAUUAAUAGUACAAUAUCUUCUUAAAUCUUUGAAAGCACAACUUAAUUCAAAAGCAAAAGCUUAAAGUGUUCCAUUAAUGAUAAAAGUUGCUUGUCUCCAACAAAAUCCUCACAUAUUGCCUUGAUCUUUCCAAGUUUGAAUUUUUAAUAACAUACGUGAGUGAAAUAAAAAUGAAAAUUACUGAAAAUUU